UUUUUAAAAAAAGCAAAACUGAGUGUGUGUGUUUGUAUUUGUGCUUGUUUGUGAAAGCUCGCUCUGAGGGCGAGUUUAAAGUGUGUUUAUGAAUGAAAGGGGAGUGAAAUUGGCCGGGAAGACGGACAGCUUUCACACACUGAGCUCGGUGUAGGCGAGUAAAGCCCUCCUGCAGCAGCCACCUACAUUUCUGUUCAGCAGCCUGGCAAGUCACCUCAAUGAAAAACAUCAAGGGCAGGAGAUGGAGCUCUCAAAUUAUGCCAGCCAACUGCUGCUGCAGCUCAACCAGCAACGCUCCAAGGGCUUCUUAUGUGAUGUCGUCAUUAUGGUGGAUAACACACUCUUUCGAGCUCAUAAAAGCGUCCUUGCCGCCGCCAGCAGCUACUUCAAGUCCCUCGUCCUGCACGAUAACCUCAUCCAUCUCGAUGCCGAGUUGGUGGAGCCAGCCGUGUUCCAGAAAAUUCUGGACUUCAUUUACACUGGCAAGUUAUGUGAGGAGAGUCAGGGAACAGAGCGCGUGCAGAAUCUGAGCUCCUUUCUCACUGUCGCUAACUACCUCCAGCUCCACGACCUGGCGAGUCUGUGUACCAGCAAACUCGAGUCUAGCAACACGUCCUGCAAGGGCUCUUUACGCACCCAAAACCUGCCUUUUUCACCUGCCUCAAAACACUUGGUCAAGCGGGAGGCAGAAGACACUUCAUCUGACAUCGAAGUAUAUGCAAACAUGGUCCCUCCAAAGAAAAGACACAAUGGCGAGAACAAACGCAGCCCGGGCGGCAAGCAAAGCUUUGGGCUGGAUUUGACCAAGAAGAGCUCUUCUCGCCGUGCUGUAAAUAAUGACAUCAGCAGCAUGCAGGAAUACUCGCAGUCCUCUGUUUCCAAGACAACUGCCAAUACUCUCCGGUCAGGUAUGGAGGGAAAGGGCUCCCCGGAGAAGACCAGAGGCCUGGAUGCUUUUGAUGGAACGCAGGAAUGGAGAAGGACGCCUUCUAGAGAGCGCUCCAGGAGGAAAGGCAACGUCAACGGUUAUGUGUCUGCAACCAAAGGUGGAAGUCACGUAGGCCAAAACCAUGCCGGAGAAAAUUCCCAAGAGCAGCCACAAGACGGAGGAUCCAACGGUGCCAGCCCUAACUUUGUCUACAGACAGGAGUCCUACCUCGAACCAACUCAGGAGGACAACAGUUAUGUCUGUAUCCCAUGUGGAAAAGGAUUCCCAUCUUCAGAAAGCCUAAAUUCCCAUGUCGAAUCUCACACGGAUGCAGAUGUGAAUCUCGGCCAGGACAAAGAGGAAGGGGACGAAGAUCCUGCCACUACUGGUGCCCAAGAAACCCUGGAGGUUGUAGAUAAAAGCCCGUUGAAGCAGUACAAAGAGCUGGACACGCUGAGACCAUUCCCUUGCAACAUCUGCGGCAAAAUGUUUACGCAGCGUGGUACCAUGACGCGCCACAUGCGCAGUCACCUGGGCCUGAAGCCGUUUGCCUGCGAGGAGUGCGGCAUGCGCUUUACACGGCAGUACCGCCUCACCGAGCACAUGCGUGUCCACUCGGGAGAGAAGCCCUACGAGUGUCAUGUCUGCGGGGGCAAGUUUACACAACAAAGAAACCUCAUCAGCCACAUGCGCAUGCAUACCUCACCAAAUUAGACUUGGAGAGUUGCAAUAGAUGACACACAAAAUAUCAGUAAAGAUUCUAAAAUAAGCCUGGUCUAAUAAAACCAUAUUACCUCCUGUCGCUACAGUAAGUUAUCUUCACUGAAUAUUAACUAUGGAAUGUUCCUUGUGGUACCUACUAUUUUGAAAGAAUGAAUGUUAUAGCUGAUUCUUACAGUUACAAUGCAGAACGUAUCGAUUUUUUUUUGCGCUUUAUCUGGAUAAAACAAAACCUCAUGUUUACUUGAAUACAUGUGCAAACAUUGCUACCUCAGCUUAUACCUCCCAAAUCCUCAGAUGCCCUUUGAGAUUAUGCUCAUCUACACCAUAUUGAAUUAAUUCCUCCAAAAAGAAACAGAAUGAUCCGUUUAUAGUUGGCGCCAAUAUCUGGAAAAUAAUACGGCAUCUGAUAUAAAUCCAAAAAUAAACUGUAAUGAUCGGUAGAGGAAAACACACUGCCUGCUUUACGGUGAGAGGACCGAUUGAAAACCAGUAUAGGGUUUGUGAUAAGGAUUAGCGGGACAAGGGUUGUUACCUGAUGGUUCAUGGAGCAUUUAGGCAUGUGUGAUGUACAGUUCCAAAGAUAUAAUGAAUGUUGAAAGAAAAAUAAAAUACUGUAUUACUGUAACCAAAUCUAUAUUCUUACAAUAUACGUAUUUAAGUGUAAGUCUAAUUUAUGUGUAUGAUCACAGAUGUCCGUCUUUGUUAGUCGCCCACCCUUUCCUCCCCGCGGGCUUCGUUAAAUGUAAGAUGCUCAUGUAAGUCCUUUCCUUUAGAUUUUCCCCGUGCUUAAACCUUUUUACAUUUAUAAAACUAUUGAUGACCUGAGACCAAAAGGACUAUGGAUAAACUGUUGUAAAUAUCUUCUGAGUAUCUUGAAAUUGCUUGGUUGCUCAUUGAUUGCAGGGUUUUGAUAGUUAUAGCAUGAGCGGUUUAAUUCUGAAUCCUUCGAUCGGUUAGAACACUGGGGGUUUUUGCUUAUGUGUAAAAUCAUUUGUGUGAUAAUAUCUUUAUAUUUUGGUAUGUACUCUCGUUUUGUGUUGUUCCAUUCCAACAAACUUAUCUGUUACUUUUCAUCUACCUCAUGUUUUCAGGGUGUUUACCCACUCGCUGUGUUUCAAAACACACGCCUCUUUGUUGUUUACAUACUUAAUGGUCGCCAUGUUAAAGUGUUAUACCAAAUCUCAUGUAAGAAAAAUCUCAUACUGUAACUCAUACUUGCACACUUGUAUAUUAGAAUCAUUCAUUUUGGGGAAAAAAGGCCACCACUGUUACACCAGGCCAAUAGGAAAACUUGUCAUGGUGUUUUUUUUUUUUUUCCCUGACCUCCCCCUCCAACCCCAGUAUGAGUUUACACACAUGUUGCUAUCCGUGAUGCUGUCUGUUAAAAUAUGCAGGAACGAUUCUGUUUUAUGAUGGACCUGAAACCGAAACUGUGACAACACUUGGACUUUUUUCUCAGGAAACCUCAGGGAUUACUUUCAGGCGCGUCUGUAUUUUAUACCACAAAGCACCAGAUACCGAUAUUUUUGCAGCUGCUUUCCUCAGUGUUUAAACACUACUGCCACAUUUAAAUACUCUGUAGCAUUAUUUCCAGCCAACACAAUACGCCUGAUAAGGCAUGGCAGCUCAAUUCUGUGGUCUACUUUCCACUUGUGGUAUAUUUUAAUAAUAAAUGAUUGAUUAACAUGAAUUUCAUACGCAUUUGGAAAGAACAUCGAAUGCCAUUGUUCAUAGAGUACGAAUUGUGACCUGUUGAAUACCAAAGCACAUUUUCACAAAAUGGAUGGAUACAUAUGAAUGACAAUGUACUUGACAUGAUGCUUAUAAUUAAAUGCUGAUAAAAAAAAAUCUGUGU